CGCUCCGACCCCCGCCUGCUCUCCCAGUUCUUCUUUGCCGAUGAGAGGGUGACGCGGGUGGUGGCCGAGAUCAACGGGCUGGAUGCGGAGCUGGACCCGCAGCAGUACCUGGUGCUCCUCAACCAGCUCCACCUCAGCCAGGCUCACCUGCUGGCCAUCCUGGAGCGGAUCAUGGAGGAGUGCAUCCCCACGCAGCGGCACAGCCGCGACUACCUGGUCAAGUUCCCUGAGGAGCUCUUGGUGGACAACCUGGGGAACCACAUGCUCUUCGCCGCUGAGGCCGGGACCCUGCUGUUCAGCCUGGAGCUGGUGCGGACGGUGCUGCGGGAGCAGAGCCUGAGCCAGCCUGGCUCCUACCCGGAGCCCGUCCAGGCUGUGCUUAUCCAGUUUGACCGGCUCUUCGCAGAGUUUGAGUUGAGCUAUGUGUCCUCACUGGUGGCGGUGAAGUCUCCUGAGGAGAUCUACCGGCAGCAGGAGAUCAUUGUGCUCUUCUGCGAGACAGUGGAGAGAGCCCUGCGCCUGGGCUACCUGACCCAGGAGAUGAUCGAUGGCUACGAACCACUGCUGAUGUUCACCAUCCCUCGCCUGGGCGGUCUCCUCAUCUACCCUGAGGGUCCCCUCAGCCUGGAGCAGAGCCCUGAGCAGAUGUCCCGGGUCUUCAGCCCCUUCUACAACCUCUUGAAGAAGAUCAG